UCUGGCGUCAGUGGCGCUCACGGGCAUCAGCAAAACUGCGCGUUCUAGAGCCGAGGGCCGCGGAGUCGCGUUCGUGACGUCUGGCAGCGCGGCCUGACGUCAUCAUCACUGGCCGCAAGCCUCCUUGGGGCUCGGGAUCUCCACUCUGCGAUUUGACCCGCGAUGCUGCGAUUGUUUCGGGCUGCUUCGCAGGCCUGGCAUCGACCCUCUGGCUCCCGGGUCCUCACCUCGCUAGCGGAGCACUCGGCACGGCCAACCGAGAGCUCGGAGCCGGGGGAUAGCGCGGGUCUCCUAAGUCCCGUGUUGCGCAAAUGCGAGCUCCGGGUCCCCGCGCACCGGCGCCCCGUGCAGGCCUGGGUCGAGUCGCUGCGUGGCUUCGAGCAGGAGCGGGUCGGCCUGGCGGAGCUGCACCCGGAUGUGUUUGCCACGGCGCCCCGGUGAGUGCAGGCUGCCGUGGGAGGGCUUUGCCUCGGUUUAACUGCCACAGGGCGGAAGGACAAAGGACGCUGGAUGUUCUGCACCAGGUUGCCGUCUGGCAGAAGAACUUCAAGAGAAUCAGCUAUGCUAAGACCAAGACCAGGGCUGAGGUGAGUGGUGGUGGCCGCAAGCCCUGGCAACAGAAAGGCAGUGGCCGUGCCCGGCAUGGCAGCAUCCGUUCCCCCAUAUGGCGGGGAGGAGGCGUAGCCCAUGGUCCCCGAGGCCCUACAAGUUAUUACUACAUGUUGCCCAUGAAAGUGAGGGCACUGGGCCUCAAGGUGGCCUUGACUGUCAAGCUGAUGCAGGAUGACCUUCACAUCGUGGAUUCUCUGGAACUGCCCACUGCAGACCCUCAGUACCUGACAGAGCUGGCCCAGUACCGCCACUGGGGGAGUUCUGUGCUCCUUGUAGACUUGACACAUGAAGAGAUGCCCAAGAAUGUUGUGGAAGCCACCUCCAGGCUCAAGAGCUUCAACUUGAUCCCUGCAGUUGGCCUGAAUGUGUACAGCAUGCUCAAACACCAGACUCUGGUCCUCACCCUGCCUUCCAUCGCCUUCCUGGAGGACAAGCUACUCUGGCAGGAUUCAAGAUACACUCCGCUCUACCCCUUCCGCUUGCCCUACAAUGACUUCCCCUGACCCUGCCCUGGGCACCUAGAGGCCCACCUCACUUGGGGACCAGGUCAGCACAUCAUCUGUCCUUCAAAAAAGCUGUUCCCUGGAAGCUGCUGGGUCCUGGUGCCAGGAGCCAAGACGAGUGCCUCCUGGGGAUCUCUUGCCACAUUAAAAGUAAACCCUAUUGUUGACAAGACUUGGGAAUGGAGCUGUCACUGCGUGUGGGGUCUGUCAGUGCUUAGGCUGUUAAUCCAGCGCUGGGCACCUAAGAGCCCCCUCCAGGGCUCACAUCCUGCUCCUAUGGAUGCCCAGCAUAUAUGGAUGCCCAGCAUAUAUGGAUACAUCCUAUGUAAUGUAUAUUACAGUACAAUGUCAGGAGGAGCUUCUUCCUGCUGAGGCAGAUGCUGGGAACGUGCACGGAUGCCAAGCCAGCAGCCUGCAUUCACCUCUGGAGGCUCUGCCAGCUGUGUGCCAUACAGGCUUCCUCUGACAGCUUUCCUCAGGCACAGAAUCAGACAAACCAGUGUCGUGUGUUCUUGUGAUAAAACAAAAAACCUGUUUAAAGACAA